GACGGCCUGGGGGCCCUAGUUACGGAAGCCGGGGAGGGCUGAGCCCCAGGUCUACCUCGAGGAAGUUAACCUCGGAAACCCGGAGAGUGGCGGAGAAGAUCUGUUUCAGGCCCAAUGGCAACUGUGGAAGCAAGCGACUGUGAUGGGAAAGGGCAAGGGGUCGAGACCUCCGUCACCUAUUAUCGAUUGGAGGAGGUGGCGAAGCGCAACUCCAUGAAGGAGAUAUGGCUGGUGAUCCAUGGGCGAGUCUACGAUAUCACCCGUUUCCUUAACGAGCAUCCUGGGGGAGAAGAGGUUCUGCUGGAACAAGCUGGUGCAGAUGCAAGUGAAAGCUUUGAAGAUGUAGGCCACUCCUCUGAUGCCAGAGAAAUGCUAAAGCAGUACUAUAUUGGUGAUGUGCAUCCGAAUGACCUUAAACCUGAAAGUGGUAGCAAGGACCCUUUGAAAGAUGCCCCGUGCAAAAGUUGCUGGUCAUACUGGAUUUUGCCCAUCCUAGGCGCUAUUGUCUUAGGUUUCCUGUAUCGUUACUACAUGGCGGAAAGCAAAUCCUCCUGAGGAGACCGUGUGGAAGUUGGAAAGCAUAUCCAUUGGGAGUGCGAGCUAGAGACUUGUUUGGAGGCCAAGCGAUGCCCUCUUCUCGAAUCCUGCUGGGUGUGUGCUUCCCCCUUGGAGCCCAAAUGGUUGGCCAGACAUCCAGCCCUGACCUGGGGCCAGUGUCCUUCAUCUCCCAGAGCCUUACUCCCAAAGCACCUGCUCAUUGUUCUGUGUCCCUGCCAGUGGCCCCUCUCUCCACUGGCUUCCACCAGGCCCUUUGUGUUCCCAAACUUGGUUUUAUAGUUACAAUCCAUAUGUCCUAGUGACAUUGUACUUUGGUAAAAAUGCCUGCUUUCCAGUUUUUUGAAUGCUCAUUAGAGCAUUCUGAUUUUGAAGCUUUCCUUUUUCCAUUUUUCCUUGAAGUAAAUAUAUAUAUGUAUAUAUAUAUUUAGUUCUGACUUAAUUCUGUUAUUUAUCAUAAGGGGUUUCAUUAAUGAAGUAAAGUUGCACACCUAUGAUUUAAAACAAAACUGCUAAAUGAUCUCGUUCCUUGUUUAUAUUUGUUCAGACCAGGAAGGACCAUGAAAUCCUGCCCUCCCUCCUGAGCCUAGUACAGCAGGUCGCUCUUGCCGCCCCUCGCCCAAGUCCGCCAAGUGGUGCUGGACAGAACUGUGCUUCCUUUGUAUUUCUUGGGAGUGGAGAGAAAGAGGGAAGGGGAGAGGUGAAUUGGGGUGGUAGGGUGAAUUCCUAGUCCUCUUUCUUUUGCAAAAUAUUGAAGGACAUUGACACUACUUUAGGACGGGAGUGUAGGAAAAGCACCAAAGACUUCAUUCUUUUCUUUCUCUCUCUCUCUCUGUCUCCUCCUCUCCUUCCUCCCUUCCUCCCUUCUUUCCUUCCUUCCUUCCUUCUUCCUUCCUUCCUUCCUUUCUUCCCCAUGUAAAGACGUCAUGCUCUACUUUGGUGUGGCACCACUUUCCAGCCAUCUUCUUUCUUUCCCCCCAACUGUUUUUUAUUGAUUGAGAUACAAAUUUAUAAGUCUAUCUGUAGAACUUUACCAGGGAUUUUUUAAUUGAUUGAUUAGCGAAUUUUUUCAUUCCCCAUUUUACAAAAGCAAGAAAGUCCAACCUGAUCAAAGAUAGAGUACCUGACCUGCUGUUAGCCCCAGUUAAAGAAUUUCCAUAGUAAAGUGACCUUCGAAAGGGGGAGAGCGUGACAAGAGAAUGUUUUCCAUUUCAUCCGGAUUUUACCUCUAUGGCUCCGAUUUGUGGUUUUGUUGUUUUUCCAUUGAGGGGGAAAAGAAAAAAAACCCAACCAACUAGUAGUUUUUUUCCUUGGAUGAGUGUUUAAUUGAAUAGUAGGUCAUUAUUGAGAACUAUAUGAGUGUUUCUUCUUGGUUCAGGAAUUUCUCUGGCUUACUUGACUUGACUUUUUUUUUUUUCCCUGUGGAAGCACCUGAGGAGACAGCGUACAGGCUGUUUUCUGCCAGCAACUGUUUGUGGUGAUUCCCCCCCCCCAUCUUUUAAGGAUUACCAGUCUGCUUCUGAGCCAUUGUCCUACGCAGCAAGGAGCAGCUUGGUUCCAGAAGGACCAUGGACACUACCCAGUAUCUACCCCCACCCGACUUCCAACUUGCCACGGACUUGACAAGACAGGAAAGUGGCCCGCAAAGCACUGUCUGCCCAUGCAAACUAUUUAUGAAAAGGUUCAACCCAGGUCCCGCAGUUGAGUGAGUUCAGAAUUCAUCAAAAUAAUAUUAGCCUUGUAUUUGCACACUUGGAUAUGAUAUUAUGAAGAAAUUUUAGGGCAUUUUUGGCAGAUUUAUAUAUCAGGGAUAUGGGAAUAGUCGAACUUUUAUCUUUAGAAAAUAUUUUUUAUAAGAUGCCACUUUUAGACAAUUUAUUGAAAAAAACCCUUUGGUUAUUAUGUAACAAAAGUGGUGUGACUAUUGAUGCUCCUCCCAUUUGAAGGCAUAAGGAAGGGCUGCCUUGAAUAAGAAUUGGUAUUUAAUUGCUGUAAUAAUUAAGCUGCAUCAUUACAUGGGCCACUUUGGGUAGAAAUGAAGAACAAAGGAGUAUUGAGGAACUGGAAGGGAACAUUCAGGGUGAAACUAAGCCAGCAGAUAACUUGGAUCAAUUAAAAGUAUGUUGGCAGUUUCCAAAAUUAAAUGAAAAACAUCUGGUUUAUAAGAAAUGUUAAAGAGUGAUAGUCUUAAGUAAAAUUGGUGGGCUUUUUUUUUUUAUAUAUAUAUAUUUUUAGGGUGAACACCAACACGAAAGGUAUGUUUUUCUAUUUCAUAUUCAUGUCUUUUCCUGUUUCUCUCUGGACUUUUUACUCGGAGCCAGAGGAAAAGAUUUUCAGACUUGGUCUCUACCGUCCAUGAAAUCCAUCCAACACCCAGGGCUUCUUUUGAUCUACUCCUGAUGUCACUUUGUAUUAGAAAAACCACGUUUGGGUCCAUUCGCUGUUACUCUGCUGCCUACAUAAACAGCCAGGCGAAAGGUAGAGCUAGUGUCUGAAUUUGCAGAGGUUUUUCUAAACAAUCAAAUAAUACAGUAUGUUAGCCAAGUCCAUCAAAAGGACUUGUUUUAAGAGAUAGACUCAAAUUCUCAAAACAGUCUCGGCAUCGGUAGGUCAUGAAAACCCCUCUGGAGAGCAAGUGGAGCCAGUCCCUGUUGGCUGACGUGGCCCCCAAGUGCUGGUCUCUGGGGGGGUGGUUGUUGGUUCCCAAAGAGGACUGGCUGUUGCCCCACACUACACUGUACACGUGACAGGUGGAGGUCACAAAAGGAGGAGACAAGGGAAAAUGUGUGCUGCCCACGUGGGGAUGUGAGUGCCAGGUCUCCAAAAUUUCCUAGCCCCUGUCCUUUAGUAAUUGGUUUUGGUGUCUAAACGACUCCACAUUUGUAAAGACAAGAAAGUGGUGGGGAUAAAGUUGGUAUUGUGUUUAGUUCUUUUGCAACCUUUUAAGCAGAAACAAAAAUCCAUUGGAACCUAUAAUUUGAGCCUGUAAAGUUCUUCGAGCAGUUGCCAUAAAUGCAUAUGUUGUGAGAUAAGAGCAUUGUUGAGUUUAUAGUCAUUGAGUUCCAAUGUGGAGCAAUGAGAAAUGCUUUAUAUUUAUAGGCCAGGUGUAUCAUUACUUAUGGUAUCUCAUGCUUCAAAUCUCAAGUGAUACUUAAUCUGGUUAAAUUCCAUUUUAGGAGAAUGAAAUGCAGAGCAUUAACGUUCAUUACUUCCUUCCCUGGGAGAAAUGGAAUCAGACAUGCCUUGUCUCAACAAGAGAUUGGGUUUUUUUUUUUCGUUUUUUGGUUUUGUUUUUUUAAACCAUCUCACUCUGUUGCCAAAUAUCACAAGAGUAAUGGGGAGUUUAGUUCACAUUUGGCUGUUCUGUGAAAUGGCCUGGUUUGGAAUUUGUGGGGGUGAUUUCAGAGGGAGGUUCCAGAAAGCAAAGAGGUAUUUGUCAAGUUACCUACCCAAUAUCUAGUAUCUUACUCAUAUAAGUUUUAGGAGCUGCUCUUUUCUUGUACCCAUAUUUUCUACAUGUGCUCGUUGGGCAAAAUGUUAUGAUUAUUUAACUUACUUUCUUUUUACUUACCCUCAACUGUGAACAAGUAAUAUUAACAUUCCUUUUGUGUAUUCAAUAAUGGAGUUUGUUUACCUAUUUUAUUUCAGCAUAUUUUGAACAAAGAUCUUUUUCUCUUUCUGCUGGAAUGUGCACACAGUGAAUGUUUGUUAGAACUACACACAAUAAAGAUACUGUUUUCCUUUUCUUGCCCUGA